AUGUCAACGCCUCAUGCGUCUGCAACGUAUGCAGAGUGGGUUGCGUUGCAAGAUCGGCUCGACGUGUUACUGAAUGGCCGCGAGUUGACCCUCGCUGAUGUCGUCGCUGUCUCAUUAUACCAAAUCCGGGCACGACUCACACAAGACCCUGAAGAUCUUAGACUGGUCAGCGACAGUGUUGCAUUUCUCGAGAGCGAAAUCCAGGCUGGCCGCAUCAUCUAUGGCGUCAACACAGGCUUCGGUGGCAGCGCCGAUACGCGGACAAAGGAUUUCGAGCGCCUCCAGAGCGGCCUCGUCCAGCAUUUGAAUGUCGGCAUACUGCUGCAGGCCGACAAGUCGGGUCCAGGUUUGGCCCAGGCCCCCGGGAACGGACUGCUGCGAAGCCAUGCGCUUCCGGCCCCGAUUGUCAAGGCGGCCAUGCUGAUCCGAUGCAACUCGCUGAUGCGGGGCCACUCUGGUGUGCGCAUUGGCGUCAUAGAGUCCAUCAUGAGGCUGCUGUCCCUCGACAUGACCCCAGUCACGCCGCUGCGAGGAAGCGUCUCGGCGUCGGGGGAUUUAUCAACUCUAUCUUACAUCGCCGGGGCUAUCGAAGGAAACCCUGACGUGUUCAUCAGGGUCGCCGGAAAAGAUGGCAACACCAAGGUCCUUCCCGCAAACGAAGCCCUCAAAACCGCUGGUCUGGAGCCAAUCCGUCUCCAAGCAAAGGAAGGUCUCGGCAUCACCAACGGCACCUCCCCCAGCUGUGCAGCAGCCUGCCUAGCUAUCCACCAAGCAAACCAGCUAGCCCUGCUCACUCAAGUCCUUACGGCAAUGUGCACCGAAGCCCUCAGCGGCACCGCCAACAACUACCACCCCUUCAUCUCCGCCGUCCGCCCGCACGAGGGCCAAGCCGAAGUCGCAACCAACAUCUUGCACUUUCUCUCGGGCUCCAAGCUCUGCCCCCCGUCCAGCGAGCCGACCAAUCUGAAGAACAAGGGUCUCGCCCAAGACCGCUACGCCCUGCGCACCUCCCCCCAAUGGCUCGGCCCGCAGCUCGAGGACCUGGUACUCGCCACGCGCCAAGUCACCAUCGAACUCAACUCGACAACCGACAACCCUCUUCUCGACCUGUCCCCCCGAGGCCCCAACCGUAUCCACCACGGCGGCAACUUCCAAGCCCACGCGCUCACCUCGGCGAUGGAGAAAACUCUCUUGGCGCUGCAAAACCUGGGCCGUCUGCUCUUCGCCCAGUCUUCAGAGCUCAUCAACCACACCAUGAACAAGGGUCUGCCUCCCAACCUGUCGUUUGACGACCCCUCGCAGAGCUUCACGUGCAAAGGCUUCGAUGUCAACAUGGCCGCGUACGCCGCGGAGCUGGGAUACCUGGCUAAGCCGGUCAGCGCACACGUACAGAUUGCCGAGAUGGCCAACCAAAGCGUAAACAGCAUGGCACUGGUCGCGGCGCGGUAUGCCCUGGAGGCGGUCGAGGUUGUCGGGCUCAUGGCGGCGACGCAUCUGUAUGUGCUGUGCCAGGCGUUGGAUUUGCGGUGUCUGCGAGUCGAGUUUGGGAACAGAAUUGGGGAUGUGGUGAAGGGUGUUCUGGAGGAGUGUUUCCAAGCUGCGGUGAAGGAUCAACAGGAUGGGCUUGUGGAGGGGGUGAAGGACGCGGUUAUGGAACGCUGGGAUCAGCUGUCGAAUUUGGAUCUGGCGGACCGGUGCAAGACGGCUGUGAACCAGUCGCUCGGAACGGUGGUCGAGUGUCUGGGGGAGAGCGGCGCUUCGCUGAAGGGGGUGAGGGAGUACCAGACUCGAAUGGCUGCCGCGAUGGAGAAGUGCUACGCUGAUGUUCGCACCGAGUUCCUCCGUCACCAGACGACAACCGACCACAUAAGCCCGGCGUCGAGGGUUGUGUACGAUUUUGUGCGGAAGGAGUUGAAUAUCCCUUUGAAUCGGGGCGUCGAAGACCAUCCUACUCUGCUGCUCCAGGAGCUCAAGGGCCCCAAAGAUAAUGGCACGGCGGGUAGGGGGCGCAAGGGGCGAGGUACUGACACCGGUGGAGAACACGGCAGUCGUGCCGAGAUGGACCAGGAGCUUGCGGGGCGAAGCAGGAUUCUGGGGACCAUGGCCGGGGAGAUCUAUGAGGCGCUGCGUCGGGGUGAGCUGCACGACCGCCUCAUGAGGUUUGGAGGAGAGAAGGGACUUUGGAGAUAA